AUGAAGCUCGUCUGGAUAGCCCAGCGCCUCGGCCGGCACGGCCAACGACGAAAACUAGUCCGGAUCGCUUCGUCUCUCUUCUUCGUAGUAGCCUUCACUGCCCUGUGUCUCUAUAUCCUACUCGCAUAUUACCUGGCAAGUGAUCCGCGGCUAGUACCUGUCGCGUUUCAGCGCGCAAAGAGUAUCCUCCUCGUAACCGCCCACCCGGACGACGAGACGCUCUUCUUCAGUCCGAGCAUCGCCUACCGUCGCGAUGAUCCGCACGUGCAGCGGGCUUUGCUGGUGAUAUCCUCUGGGAACUACGACGGAAUAGGCGAGCGUCGCCGACAAGAAAUCCACGAUAGCUGCUCCGUGCUGGGCAUCGCUCCGGAUCGCUGCGUCGUACUGGAUAAUGUCGAGCUGCAGGAUAAUCCCAAGAAAUGGUGGGAUGACGAUCUGAUAAAGGAACUUGUCGCUUCGCACGUCCAGAAAUGGAAUGUUGAUUUGAUCAUCACCUUCGACGAUGGAGGCGUGUCAGGCCAUAUCAACCAUAGAGCCGUCAGCGCCGGUGUCCGGAAAUAUAUUACAAGCACAUCCAACGCCCCGCCCGCAUAUACACUGCAAAGUACCUUCCUCCUCCGCAAAUACUCCUCGCUCCUCGACCUCAUCCCGACCUCGAUUCCAUUCUCGUGGCGCAUCUUCAAAGCCAUCCUUACCUCACCCGCUACAAGUAGGGCGGACGGCGUCCAUGAUCUUUCUCCGCUCGAGGCAUACAAUGACAAGGUCCUGCUGGUGAGUCCCUGGCGGACGUACCUCGUCUCGCGGGCGGCAUUCAGCCAGCAUGCGAGCCAGUACUCGUGGGAUCGGUCGUUGUAUUUGGUGAUGAGUCGGUAUAUGUGGUUUAAUAAUCUGUCUAAACUGUAG